AUGAAGCAUGAGUUGAAGAUCCGGGCCAGGGACAUGCCGACCCAGGACAUAUACAAGAUGUCCCCUAGUGAUGUCAGACAGCUAUUACUGGAUGUUCUCCAGCCUCAGCAGACUGGCAGAUCUUGGCUUAACAGAUGCCAAAUCGAUGGUUCACUCAACCAUACCCCUCUUGGCUUCUAUGACCGUGUUUGGCAAAUCCUGGAGAGAACACGUAAUGGAAUUAUGGUUGGAGGACAUCAUCUCCCUCAGGAUGACAUGGAGGUUUUCUCCAACACACCAGCCCUGAGAAAACAAAGAACAUCCAGUUACCUGACCAAGGCAGUAAUGAUCCAGCUGCUGCAGGGAGAGGUGAAGCCCAGUAAAGAUGACCCGUGUUCUGUCAGUUAAACGACCACUCCCUUCUGUCAGUGUUACACAGACUCUGUCAUACAUGGCCCAGCCUUGCUAACAUACGUGGACAUAUAUUUUGUCCACGUAUGUCCAACAGAGUUAAAAGUGAAGAUAGAAACCGUGUUGCAGGUGUUUUCAUUUUGUCAAGAGGCCUGUAUAGUCAUUGAAAUCAUUGAUUAUGUAGUCUACAAGUUUUUCUUAACUUUAUGUAGUUUGUAUUUAAUUCUGCACCCAUUAUUAAGUUUAUUUCAGAGUCUAGUUAAUAUAUUGAGUGCCACUUGUUUGUUUGAAUGCUAAUAUGAAAAUGGUCUAAGUGUGCCAGAUUUGCCGCCUCAUAAGAAAAGUAUUUUUUUCAGUCCAUUUCUUCUGAAGAAAAAAAAAUUAAAUAAAUAAACUAUCCAUUUUUUAACUUG